UUCAGCACGUUAGCAUUUUUUUCUUGCUGUUGUUGACAAAAAUCCCGGCUGGUUGAGAAAUAUCUGUGCAGCAGCGCCAGCACAGUCCCACGGGUCAAAUCCUGCCCCUGCAAAUCUCUGCCGGGAAAGGCAGCUCAUCUCGGGCUGGCCUUCGGGGGUGCUGCUGGGGGGGGACCCAUCACCUUUCAGGGCACCCUGGGCAUAGGGCCACGAGCAAGCCCCUGUGGUGAAUGGACAGAUGGACACGACAGGCUUGAGAUGGACCUGAUGUUUUAUCAUUUGCUGGUUGGGCUCCGCAGCAGAGCGCUGGAAGUUCGUCAAAGGCUGAAUUAAAGUUGCCUGGCAACCUCCAUCCCGGCUCCUCUUCCCACAUCUCGCAGGAUUUCCCACUCAAGGCCUGCCGGCUCCGGGGAAGGGGAGCCCGAAACGCACCACGCUUGCAGCCAGCCGGGGGCCAGGCUCCCCUCUCGCGGGAUGGCUCUUUUCCCGUAAUUCCUUGGCUUGUUCCCACGCCUGGGAGCUGGGAGCUCUCCCCACCUCGUCCCCCAGGGCGGGCGCCUUUCCCCCCUCACCCCACGCUGGGAACGGGUCGGACUGUUUCAAGUGAACCCAAGGGCAACUUGAGCAGGUCCCGGGGGAGGGUAAACCAGUGCUGAGCCAGUGGGAAUGUGGCUGGGGGAGCCAAGUGGGCCUGGGGGGGUCACGUACUGGGCUUGGCCCCGAUGAGUAAAGCUGAACUGUUCGCCUGGGUUUUGGAGCCUCUGAGCUGGGCUGCCGUGAAAAAAGUGUAAAUGGUGUCUCCUGGUGCAGACCCUGCUGGGAGUUUUGUUAAGGCUGUUUUGCAACCCCGUGACUUGGAGGAGACCUGCUGGAAAUCCUGGUCCCCACUGGGAACGCAGCAGCCCUGUGUUGUAGGAAUGCACAGUGCCAAGAGGGACAGCCCACAAGGAGGGGAGAAAGGUCUGACAGCCAUUCCAGGAGCCUGCUUGGGCUUUGCUAGAGCUCGGUGGAGCAACCACAAGCUGUCUACGGAGCAGUGGGAUGGGGAAGCAUCCAGUCCCACUCUGCAAAUCUGUUCUGCCAUCCAGGAUGGAUACUGGGGGUCAGCCGGAGAAGGGCUGCUCCCACCUGGCGUUUCAAUUCUUUCUCCCAGGUUCCUUUUAAAUUAAAAAUCUGGCAUCGUUUUUGGCUGUGCUGCUGAGGAAACAGCCAAGGGGGUCCCAUAAGACUUCAGCUGAGGUCCCCCCGUAUUUGCCAGCCCCACUGACAGCGCAGCUUCCCUGCACAGCAGCGUGCGGCUGGCUCUUGCUCCCAGGUUUUGGUGCCUCGUGGCUUUGAGGACCACGGGGCAGCGGGAAGGGGCCACCAAUGGCCAGCAGAAGCUCCGGGUGCAGUGGCCAUCCAGGGGUGUGGCAGCGUUAGCUGGUUUCUUUGACCGGAUCCAGGUUGGCAGGACCUGCCGCCAGGAAAUUCACUCAUCAAAAGCUUUUUGCGCCUCCAGAGACGCUGGUUGUGGGGAUUUUAAGGAGGUGCCGACUGGGCCGGCUCGUUUGGGUGUGCUGUGCCGGCUGGCUGCCGGUGGGAGGCUGAAGGCUGGCACAGUCACGCUUGCACAGCUUCCGUUGUGACCCAGUAAACCCAGUCAGACCUGACCAGGGUGCGCUUGCUCGCUCCCCUGCACGCUCACGCACGCCUCCACCCCCCCCCCCCCCCCCGCUGCUUUCCUGGUGCUCCUCGGGGACCAGCCAACCCAUCCCGCUGGUGAGAGCUGGUGUCUGGGCCGGGCUCGCCCGGCUCUGUGCCAGGAGCCGCGGCUGCACCCGCUGGAUCACCGAUAACUGGCUUUGGCCCCCAUGGACGUUGCACGUUGCAAUUACAGCAACUGGUUCCUGGCUUCGCCCUGCUCUCGGGGCGGGCAUCAGCCCCACGGCCAGAUCCUGCCUCCACCACCCUUCUCCUUCAGCGUCGCCUGCCAGGGCAGGAGCUGGGGCUGGAUUUUGGGUCCUGUAUCAGCUCGCCCUGUGCUGGGAAGUAGGUGAGGUGCUGAGGGGCUUGGGAGCUCACUCCUGGGGAUGGGAUGGGUUUUUCUGGGCAGUUUUUCUCUUAAACCGCAGAUUUCAUUGGAACUGCUGCUGCUUUUCAGCCUCGUCUUCUUCCCUUUUUGUGUUUCUUUCCUGGAGAAAACUCUGCAGUGUUUCUCCUCCUGGCUUUUUCCCGUUUCCCAUGGAAGUGCUGGGCUUCAGCAAUCUAGUUGCCCCCAGCCUGACUGGUGGCUCCCGUGGACCAAGACCUCCUCUGCAUUCUGCUCCUGCCCCCAGCCCUCAUCUUUGCUCAGGGAUUUGAACUUGCACCUUGCCAAGAGGGAAACGAUGGACUUGGGGUGUUUGGUACAGGUGCAGCCUGGGGUGACAAUCCAAGGGAGACCAAGGAUGGUUUCAGUUCCUUCUUGCUUUUUUUUCUCCACCCUAGGUAUAAAGAAAAAAAAAAAACAUUAGAAAAAAAAUAGAGACGCUCAGAGCAGCCCUUCCCUUUGAGUAAAAUAUUAACUGGCUCUUACAGCUAACCGAUUAAAUGUCCUUUAGGACAAAGUUAAAUCUGAUCUCAGGCAAAGGAGCCUUUGGAAACGGGUGCAGCUGCUCCCCUGCAAAAAGCAGAGGAGCCCAACCCCAGUGGCAGGGGAGUCUGCUCCCCACUGCCCCAGCCCAUCUAGGAACCCUGCACAGCCCCACAGCUUAAUUUAUUAUUUUUAUUUUUUUGCUGCUUUGCUGGCUCGGUGCUUGCACUGGUUAAAUGUUAGCUGGGGCUGGCUCGCCGCGCGGCUCUUGCCCUGCAAUAAGCACCAUCCCUGCCUCCCUGCCCGGCCGUGCUCCUUGCUCCAAUCCCUGUCGCACCCAGAGCUGGACAGCAGGCAAAGUUCAGGGCUUGUUUGUUUGGGGGAGAUAAGGUGAGGAUGCCUGGCAGCAUGCAGGCAGCUCACAGGACUGUUACUCAUUUAUUAGACAUCGUUGUUUGCCUUGUUGUAAGAAGGUUUCUCCUUUCCUCUGCUUUCCCAGCCCAGGUGCCUGGCAGCUCUUGUGGCUUGUGUGUGAUUCCAGGCUCGUGUCCCAGCGCAGCGGCCUGGGGAAGGGUCCCCACAACUGCUGGGGUGCCCCUAGUCCCACUGAUGGGAUGGAGAGGUGCCAGCCCGGGGCUGGCUGGAGCACUUUUUCAGGUGUUUUGUUGCUCCAGAUGUGGCCCGGCCAGACAUGGUACCACCAAAGCAAUUUGUCUCCCAUUGACCUCCAUCACCACUCACCCUCCUUGCAUCGCCUUGCCAGGGCCAUCACUGGUGGGCAGACCCUCGGUCCUGACAGGGCUUGUCCUGGGAACAGGAGUUCCUCGGAGGGAGGAUGCUUCGGGUCACUGUCCUCUGCUCCCUGGGGAGCUCAGCCCCGCAGGCAGCACCCUGCCCGCUCCCAGGGCUGGGUGCUGUAUGGGUGCUCUGUGCAGGGGGGAACGUCUUCCCUCUGCCCCAUUCCUGGAAUGGUCUGGGGCAGCAGCCAGUGCAAGUGAGAGGUCUGGGUCUGAACCCAUCCCCUGACGGAAACAGUGGUUUAAUGCAGGCUCCAGGACUGUGGCUGGAUCCCACAUCCAGCCCUUCGCUUCUCCUUUUCAGCCCCAAAGCCCUUUUCACUUUCAUUUUACUUUGUUUUUACCUCCCCUCCACGUGAGACCCAGCAAGGUAUUUGCUUCAGGGAAACUGCAGCAAGCGUGUUUGAACAGCUUCUCUACAGGGCCAGGAGGGUUUGGCAACUGGCUUUGUCCCGUGGAGCUGGGGAGCCCGUCCUGAGGGUCGGCUGUACCGGCCUGGAAGCAGCGGGCCGGGGGGCUGCCCUCGCCGGGGGCACGGGAAGAUGAGCAGAGGCAUGGCCCAUCUCCUGACCGCUCUCUUCGUGGUGGCGGCGGUGGGCUACCCAUCACGGCGGUCUGCCACCGACCUGGAUGCCACCCCCAGGACGACAGUCACCUUUGAUGAGCUGUCGGGUGUCCGGCGCUUCGGUGCGCGCACCCUCAACUACAGCACCCUGCUGCUGGAGGACGACCGGGGCAUCCUCUACGUGGGUGCCAGGGGGGCCAUCUUCGCCCUCAACUCCAGUGACGUGACCGACGGCUCCCACCGCACGAUCCACUGGGAAGCCUCCCCGGAGAAGCAGAUGGACUGCCUGCAGAAGGGCAAAAACAACAAGACCGAGUGCUUCAACCACGUGAGGUUUCUGCAGAGGCUGAACAGCACCCACCUCUACGCCUGUGGGACCUACGCCUUCCACCCUCUCUGCGCUGCCAUCGAUGCCGACAUGUUCACGUUGCCGUCCCACUUUGAGGAAGGCAAGGAGAAGUGCCCCUAUGACCCUGCCCGUGGCUACACUGGCCUUAUUGUCGACGGUGGCUUGUACACGGCCACGCGCUAUGAGUUUCGGAGCCUCCCUGACAUCCGGAGGAACCUGCACCAGCGGCCGCUGAAGACAGAGGAGUCCCCGCUGCACUGGCUGAAUGAUGCCGAGUUCGUGGCCUCUGUGCUGGUCAGGGAGAGCAAGGACAGCCCUGUGGGCGACGAUGACAAAAUCUACUACUUUUUCACGGAGCGGGCAGGAGAGGAGACCACAUCCUUCUUUGACAAGAGCCAGGUGGCCCGAGUGGCCCGGGUGGCCCGUGUCUGCAAGAGUGAUGUGGGGGGGAAGAAGAUCCUGCAGCGCAAGUGGACAUCCUUCAUGAAGGCGCGCCUGGUCUGCUACAUCCCCUACUACGAGGUGCUGCGCAGUAUCUGCAGCCUGGAUGGGGGCGGCUGGGCCAGCACGGUCUUCUACGCUGCCUUCACCCUCUCGGCACAGUGGAGGACCAUGGAAGCCUCGGCCGUGUGCCGCUACAGCAUCUCAGCAGUGCAACGUGCCUUCGAGGGCCCCUACAUGGAGUACCAGGACUCGGCUCGCAAGUGGUCCCGCUACGACGGUGUGGUGCCCGAGCCCCGGCCCGGCUCCUGCAUCACGGACCGCUCCCGCAGGAAGGGCUACAACUCCUCGCAGGACCUGCCCAACAGCGUCCUGGACUUUGUCAAGCUGCACCCGCUCAUGUUCGAGGAGGUGAAGCCGACCGGCGGGGAGCCGCUGUUGGUGAAGAAGAGCGUGGCGUACAGCCGGCUGGCCGUGGACAGGGUGAGGGCCCUCGACGGCCACUCCUACGAUGUGCUCUUCAUGGGGACGGGUGACGGCUGGAUCCACAAGGCUGUGGUGGUGGGCUCUGGCCUCCACAUCGUGGAGGAGGUGCAGGUGUUCAGGGACCCGCAGCCCGUGGAGAGCCUGGUGAUCUCCCAUGCCCAGAGGAGCCUGUACGUGGGGGCAGCCAGCGGGAUCCUGCAGGUGCCCCUGGCCUCCUGCGCCAGGUACGCCUCCUGCUACGACUGCAUCCUGGCCCGGGACCCUUACUGUGCCUGGGACAGCAGGGCCUGCCGCGCCAUCGCCACCGCAGACAGCACAGGGCUGGUGCAGGACAUUCAGGGUGGCAACGAGGGAUGCCGGAGCGGCUCCGGGCGCGGUGAGUCUUCGCCGCCCCUCGGGACCCCAGGGGGGGAUGCCAGCAUCCCUUUGGGUGGGCAGGAUGGGUGCGAGGCACGUGUCCCCGCAGGCUCCCUGCUGUGGAAGAACCGGACAGUGCUGCAAGGGGACGACGUGCUGCUGCCCUGCGACCAGCGCUCCAACUUGGCACGAGCCGUCUGGCUGCUGAACGGCAGCGAGGUGCCGGGCGCGGGGCAGGACCGGCUGCGUGUCGGGGUGGACGGGCUGCUGGUGACGGACACGCUGCCCCGGCACAGCGGCGAGUACCGCUGCUAUGGGGAAGAACGGGGUCUCCGGACACUGCUGGCCGCUUACAGCCUCACCGUGCUGCCCGAGCUGCCCCGCGGCCCCACGGCCGCCUCCCGGCCCCACGCCGCCAGCCAGGCGGCCGGCGACGUGAAGGUGGCUUAUGUCUCCGCUAUCGUCGCCUUGGUGGUGCUGUGCGCCGUGCUCAGCACCGUCCUCCUCUACGUGUCCUGCCUGGAGAAGCGCAAGGGCAAGUACGUCCUGGGGGAGCCGCGGCCAGCCGGCGUGGAGCUGCAGACCGUCUCGGCCAACUGCCUGCGCAAGAGUCGCCGGGAGGAGGAGGAGGAGGAGGAAGAGCUCGCCUACCCUGACGGCUGCCUGCAGAUCAUUCCCGGCGAGGCGCCCACGGCUGCCACCUCCCCGGUCAAGGAGCUGCCGGCUGCCGCGCCCCCGCUGCCGCCGCCGCCCCCGCUGCCAGCCGAGCUCACCAACGGCGUGGGGGCUCUGCCCAAUGUCCUCCGCAAGAUGAACGGCAACAGCUACAUGCUGCUGCAGCAGCAGGAGGAGCCGCUGGCCUCGCCGCUCUACAGCGCGUCCUUCACCGAGGAGCUCAGCAAGAUCCUGGAGAAGCGGAAACACACGCAGCUGGUGGAGAAGCUGGAUGAGAGCUCCGUGUAGGGGCCGGGGGGUGGGCGUCCUGCCAGCGGGACCCUCCUCCCCUCGGGCCCCUUCUCCUACCCCUGGCCAGCAGCGUCACAAGACUCAGGCAAAACUACCUCCUGGAUGGCAGAGCCGGGCCGGGCCCGGACUUGGCCAUUCCUUCGGCUUUUCACUCACUUUUGAGACUUGCUGUACAGAAAAAAAGGAAAAGAAUCUAUUUAAAUUUGGGAGCUCUAUUUAUGUAUAAAAACCCACUGAUGGCGGCCACGAGCUGGAGGCAGGAGCUGGCGCCUGGCUGAAGGUGGACGCUGGGGGGUGGGAGAGUUUCUGUCUGUCUGUCUGUCCAGGUGUGAGAGAGAGAUGCUGUUGUGGACACGUGGACUCGGCCUGCCCCGCUGGGCAUCCCUCGGCACACAGGAGCCGGACAGCUGCUGAGAGGUGGGUGAGGAGCAGGAAAAGGGGCCGGGGGCUGCCAUAGCGCCUGCGUCUCUCGCAGGGUGUGGGGUCCCUUCCCGGUGUGGGGCUGGGGGUUGUUUUCCCCCAGCUGCCCACUCACAGGCAAGAGAGGGGCCAUGGAUGUAUCUCCCAUUGUGGGAAGGCGGCCUUGGUGGCUGCCAGCCCCUGCGUGCUCUCCCAUGUCUGCCCCCCCAGGGUUUCCUCUGCGGGAGAGGAUGAUUUGGUGAGGGAUGGAUCCAGGGCAAGGAGCCCACGUCCCCCGAAUGUCCCGGAGCAGCUGCUGGAGCCCCCACCACCUGCCCCCAGGUGAAACGCAGGGCUGGGUGACCCGGGGAGGUGGCACCCAUGGGGCCUCCAGCCCUGACGGGGCUCUGCCCCCUCUCCUCAGGGCACUGCAGGGGAAGAGUGGAGCGCAGCAGCAGGCAGCAAGACGCACCAGCAGCCACGGCCGUGCCCUGCAGCGUGGCAAGGGACCAGCGCAGCACCUGCAUCCUCCCUCCCGAAGUCCACAGUGCCCUCACGGCCCUGGGCACCAUUGGUGCUGUCAGAGAACUGGGGUUCAGGCCCCCAUGGGACAACAUGUGGGAGGGGAAACAUCCUUGCACAGUGAGGAGGAGGAGCCCUGGACAGGGGCCUGCCUCCCUCUGGGGCCUCCUGCUCUUCAUGGCACUUUCCAGGGGCAGACACUGUCCCUAAUUCUCCCCAACUACCUCUGCUCCUGCCGCCUCCUGGGGGAACCCGAGGGACUGGGGUGACAAAAGCGUCUCACACCCCAGGGACAGACGUGAUACCGGAGAAGGCAGCGAGGGACAAAUUUGCUGGGGUGUGCAUCUUCCCCACUGUGUUCCACGCUGGGGCCUCCAGGAUCAGAACAUCGCCUGGAGCUCAGCCCUGCAGUGGGGGCAGGAGGAGGGUGGCAGCCCCCGGGGUCCCUAACGGGCUGGAGCCCGGCUGCCCCUGCCCCAGAAGAGCGAGGCUUAGUGAGAAAACGCAAGAGCUGGACGCCGGGUCUCUCCCAUCCUGCCCCCACCCUUGUUUUUGCUGUAAGAGUUGGGGCGAGCUGCUCCCAAGCCCACCCCCCCCACACCCCCCCAAAGGAAGGGCAUGACCCUCUGUGUCCAGCACCCCUCGUGCACAGCCCACCGCGCCCCCAGCAAUAAACGCGGCUCUGUCUGGA